AUGUUGUUUUUUCAUUCAUUUCUCUCUAUUUUUCAUUCCUUCCCCCCUCUCCCGUUCUCUCUCUCUCUCUUUAUUUCAUUUAUUAUUUCUUCGUUUUUGUUUAUUUGUUUGUAUGUUUCUUUAUCCAUUUCCUUCCAUUUUUCUUCCUCAAUUGGUCUUUCUUUCUUUCUUUCUUUCUUUCUUUCUUUCUUUCUUUCUUUGAAACUUAGUUUUAUUAUAACAUUAAAUUUGUUUGCUUGCUUCUUUCUUUGUUUAUUUUCAUUACCCUACUCUAAAUUGCCCUUGUUUGUUUGUUUGUUUGUUUCUUUCUUUCUUUCUUUCGUCGCAUUUCCUUCUUCCAAAAUUUCCCGCAUUCAAUCUCAAGACAAUUCACUUAUGCAAAUUGCAACGAUACUUACAGAGGAAUUUUGUAAGUUUCGUGGAACAGAUAUCUUAACUUGUUCACAUCUAUCUAUCUAUCUAUCUAUCUAUCUAUCUAUCUAUCUAUCUAUCUAUGUCAGUUCAUUUUCUUUCUUUCUACGUCUGUACACUAUCUAUCUAUCUAUCUAUCUAUCUAUCUAUGUCAGUUCAUUUUCUUUCUUUCUACGUCUGUACAUUAUCUAUCUAUCUAUCUAUCUAUCUAUCUAUCUAUCUAUCUAUCUAUGUCAGUUCAUUUUCUUUUUUUUACGUCUGUACAUUAUCUAUCUAUCUAUCUAUCUAUCUAUCUAUCUAUCUAUCAUCUAUGUUUCAUUUUCUUUCUUUCUUUCUACGUCUGUACAUUAUCUAUCUAUCUAUCUAUCUAUCUAUCUAUCUAUCUAUCUAUCUAUCUAUGUCAGUUCAUUUUCUUUCUUUCUACGUCUGUACAUUAUCUAUCUAUCUAUCUAUCUAUCUAUCUAUGUCAGUUCAUUUUCUUUCUUUCUACGUCUGUACAUUAUCUAUCUAUCUAUCUAUCUAUCUAUCUAUCUAUCUAUCUAUCUAUCUAUCUAUCUAAAUCUUUUCUCUGUUAAUUAUCUAUCUAUCUAUCUAUCUAUCUAUCUAUCUAUCUAUCUAUCUGUCUGUGAUACGGAUAUUUAA